AUGGCCGUCAAGAAGAGCAAGAAGGAUGCCAACUCCCUCAACUCCAAGCUUGCGCUUGUGAUGAAGUCUGGCAAGGUCACCCUUGGUUACAAGUCGACCCUCAAGUCCCUGCGCUCCGGCAAGGCCAAGCUCAUCAUCAUUGCUGGCAACACUCCUCCUCUCCGCAAGAGCGAGCUUGAGUACUACUCCAUGCUUUCCAAGGCCCCCAUCCACCACUUUGGCGGCAACAACAUUGAGCUCGGUACCGCUUGCGGUAAGCUCUUCCGCUGCGGCACCAUGGCCAUCCUCGACGCCGGUGACUCCGAUAUCCUCGCCGACCAGCAGGCUUAA